AUGCAGUCUUAUUAUCUCUCAAAAAGACACCUCGUAUUAAUUUUUAAUAUUAAAAAACCAUGGAUCUCACAUUAUACAUGGAUAUUGAUUAAAAAACGAGAACAAAUCAAAAUAAAAGGUAUUAGAGAGGAUCGCCAAUUAACUGAAUACAAUGAACUGUGCUGGAUGAUAAACCAAAGCCUACGAAAAGAAAAAGACCAAUUUAUAAACUCACUGUGUAAAGAAAUAGAACAACAUAAAACCAAUCAGGAACCUAGAUUUCUUUUUAAAAAAGUGGCAAUUCUAUCACGGAUUUUUAAACCUAGACACCUACCUAUAAAAGAUGAAAAUGGUAUGACACUAUCAACAAAGUCGGAAGUAAUUAAAAGGUGGCAACAGUAUUGUGAGAAGCUUUCGGCCUCCGAUAAUGAUAAUACGAAUACAAUAAAUCUAAGAGAAUUAUGGUACGAAUCUGAACCACCUCUACUACGAAGUGAAAUUGAGAUGGCUAUCAAAAUACUACGCAACCACAAAGCUGCUGGUUCGGAUGACAUUGUGGCCGAAAUGAUAAAAGCAACUACAGAAAAGGGGGUUGAUAUAAUCCAUAAAAUUUGCUCCAAGAUAUGGACCACAGGCGAAUGGCCAAAGGAAUGGUGUGAAUCCAUAAGAAAGGAGACAAAGGAAACUGCAACAACUAUCGUACUAUAG